GAAGGCGAAGGCGCCUUAUUUCAUUUGAAGGUCAAUAGUAUGCUACAUGUUGUGCGCGCUAUACGCGCGUUACAGAAGGCCCCUACGAUUAUUCUAAGAAACGUAUCAACCAAUAAUGUAAACUAGUAUUUGAGUACAACUUUUCCCUAGAAUGUCUCGGACCUUUCCAAAGUUCGAAAUAUCGGAAUAUCUGCUCAUAUUGACAGCGGGAAGACUACACUUUCCGAAAGAAUUCUUUUCUACACCAACAGAAUAAAAGAGAUGCACGAAGUUAGAGGCAAAGAUGGAGUUGGUGCUGUGAUGGACUCAAUGGAGCUAGAGAGACUCCGUGGGAUAACAAUUCAAUCUGCUUCAACCUUUACAAUGUGGAAAGAUUGCACUAUCAAUCUCAUUGAUACACCUGGUCACGUAGAUUUUACAGUCGAAGUUGAAAGAGCUCUUCGAGUACUUGAUGGUGCAGUUCUAGUAUUAUGUGCUGUCGGUGGAGUCCAAUGUCAAACAAUCACAGUGGUUAGGCAAAUGGAUCGUUAUAAUAUACCCCGAAUCGCAUUUAUUAACAAGCUUGAUCGCCAAGGCGCAGAUCAUGUUCGAGUUCUUAAUCAAAUAAGAUCAAAGCUUAACUUCAAUUCAGCUUUUAUUAAUAUACCCAUAUGUCAAGAACCAAAAAGUACAGGAAUAAUUGACUUAAUUAGUGAGACAGUUGUUUAUUUUGAUGAACCAUUUGGUUUAACUGUAAGACAGGAUGCUAUCCCAUCUUCCAUGUUAGCGGAAACUAAAGAACGUCGUGCUGAGUUUAUUGAAUGUUUAGCUAAUGCUGAUGAUGAGAUUGGAGAAGCAUUUUUAAAUGAAAAGCCCUUAACUCAAGCUGAAUUAAAAGCUGGUUUACAUAGAGCUACACUUGCAAGACGAUUUGUUCCAGUUUUAGUUGGUUCAGCAUUACGUAACCGUGGUGUACAGCUUUUACUCGAUGCCAUUGUGGAUUAUUUGCCUAAUCCUGGAGAAGUAAUCUAUUAUGCUUUGGAUGAAAGUUCUGGUGAAACUAGAAAGGUUCCAUUGAAACCUGAACGAACCAGUGAUAAUCCAUUCUUGGGACUGGCUUUCAAACUGGAAGCUAGUAAAUUUGGUCAGUUAACUUAUAUGCGUAUUUAUCAAGGUUGUUUACGUCGUGGUGAUUCAGUAAGAAAUUCUCGUACAGGUCGUCGUAUACGAGUGUCUCGACUUGGUCGAUUAAAUGUUACAGAAUUAGAAGAUUUAGAAGCUGUUUAUGCAGGAGAUAUUGCUGCAUUUUUUGGUGUUGAUUGUGCAUCUGGUGAUACAAUGGUUGAUGUAAAUAUGAAAGAACCAUUAGCUAUGGAAUCAAUGUUCAUCCCAGAACCAGUUGUAUCAAUGUCAAUUAAACCGACAAAUAAAUCAACUGUUGAAUCAUUUAGUAAAGGUUUAGCACGAUUUACACGUGAAGAUCCAACAUUUAUUCUUUCACAAGAUUCUGAUACUGGUGAAUCAAUAGUGUCUGGUAUGGGAGAAUUACACUUGGAAAUUUAUGCUCAACGUUUAGCACGAGAGUAUAGUGCACCGUGUACAUUAGGUAAACCUCGUGUUGCAUUUCGUGAAACAUUAAGUGAACCAUUCGAAUUUGAUUAUCUUCAUAAACGACAAUCUGGUGGUGCUGGUCAAUAUGGUCGAGUAAUUGGUAUACUUGAACCUUUACCUCCUAAUUCUUAUACAAAAUUGAUUUUUUCCGAUGAAACAGUUGGUACAAAUGUACCUAAAAAUUAUGUUCCAGCUAUUGAAACUGGUUUUCGUAAUUCAUGUCAAAUUGGUCAGUUAGCUGGACAAAAAAUUACUGGUGUACGAUUUCGUUUACAAGAUGGUGAUAAUCAUUGUGUAGAUAGUAGUGAUUGGGCUUUUCAACAAGCAGCUGAAGGUGCUAUGAAACAAGCUAUGGAUGAAGGUUCCUGGUUAUUAUUAGAGCCAAUUAUGUAUGUGGAAGUAUCUGGACCAGCAGAAUUUCAAGGUGUAUUAAUUGCCACUGUAACACGACGUAAUGGUCUUAUUGUUAGUACGGAAGUUAAUGAAUCUUAUGCUAUGGUUAAUGCAGAAGUACCAUUAAAUGAUAUGUUUGGUUUUUCUGGUGAAUUACGCAGUAUCACUGAAGGUAAAGGUGAAUUUACAAUGGAGUAUUUAAAGUAUUGUCCGACUAGACAAGCAACUAGCGAUGCAUUAAUUGCAGAGUAUGAAGCAGCUGAAGAGGCAAAAUUGAUUGCUAGCGGUAAAGGUGGAGCAAUUGCUAGAAGAAAGAAGAAGUAAUUAACUACCGACUUUUAUUGAAGGGACUAAGACAAGCAAGUUAUUUAGUUGUUAUUUAUCAUUCUUAAAUCAAGUCUACUAAAUUAGUUGAAAUUUUGAUAUAGGAAGCUGUUGUUAACUAAUAUCAUGCUAACGAAAAACCAUAAAUGUUAUUACGAGCUUAUCACAUAAGUGUUCACUGUUUAAUAAGGCUCUCGGAUUAUAACAAAGUAAUUCCCAAAUCCUUGCUGAUGAUAUUCAAUGAUGCUCUUCAACUGAUAUUUGUUUGUGACGACAAUUAUCUUUGAGUUAGUAUUUGUUGAAAGGAAAGAGAUGUUAUUUCUCCAAGAGAUCGUUUAUUUAAUGAUUACUUUUUAGAGUUGAAUCUAUAUUUUUCCCUUCGAAAUCGUCAAUCGUGUUUAAAGUUGCUAUUUUCUUAUUGGUUCAUGUCUCUCUUACUACACUAAGUUCUUGCUCUAUUUCUAAGUUCAUUGUACAUGUGCUCAUGCAUGUAUAUUGUUUGCUUAGAUCAGUAUGCUUUGUUGUCUACCAAAUAAAUCUUUAUUGGGAGGUUGAAUUAGUCGGAGUUGAAAGAAACAGAGUGUUUUUGCACUUAAUAAUCAAAACUACGCCAAAAGUUUUUGCCUUUAGUUCAAGAGGAAUCAUAUUCCAAUCUGUAGGUAUGAAUAAUAUCACAGAACAUUUUAUAAUUAGCACUCAAUAUGAAAAUAAGCAACUUAUUUGGAAUAAGUACCAAUGAAAUAAUAUUAGUAAUUAAUGUAGACAAAUCGAUUACAAAUGAGAAGAGCGAAAUAAAACACUGAAAUUGUGGUUGACAAAUUUUACUGUAAUUUCAAUAGUUGAGAUCGUGAAUCAGUUGAAGCUAGAUCACCAUGGAAGAAAACUGAGAAGCACUGGACGGCCGUUGCGUCCUAUUGUGGGACUCCUCGGCAUUGCUCAUCCACGACCCCGCCUCGCGGGGUUCGAACCCAAAACCCAUCGAUCUCACGCCAGGCACUUAACCAACUAGAACAGUGAGCCGGUAUCCAAUAGUGUUAAUGUCUAACUUCAACUAAUCCACGAAAUUGAGCGACACAUCCACCAUUGUUAUCAGUAAGUUACUAUCUCACAACAGACCAGUGGAGUUCAACCGGGUCAGUUUUACUGUACUCAAUCUUUAGAAAAGUUUGAAAAUAACUUGACCUACUUAUAUUAGUAAGUAGUUUGGAGUAGUCUACAAAAAAGAUGAUUAUGAUAUGUGUAUUUAAAUUUUGCUAGUCCAAGAAGGCGGAGUUGAUUCGAUAAAUGUAUAAACUUAAGAUUGGGCCUUUAGAAAUUUCUAUGCAAACUGCUUAAAACCGUUAUCAGGUAAGUCUUAUGGUUUUUAAUUACCCCAAAAUGCUCUAGUACAACUGAGGAUGGGGAAAGUUCUCUUUCCCUCGCGGAAUGCUCUCACAUGGCCACAUGUAUACGGCCACUUCCAGUGAAGUUCUACUCACUACCUUCUAGCGGCGACAGAGUUGUUUACGAAUUUGAGAGGAUGAAACUCGGAUAUCUGGCGCUUUGACCGGGUUGGUGGAUACAGAAUAUCCACCUAGGGGAGUCGGGAAACCCUGAAUCCACACCAAUGAUGCACUUUGACUCUAGGAUCCUGAGGGAACAAAUGGUACAUAAACUUAUUGUUGUACGCUGGAUAUCGUGGAAUGUCGCCUCCUGUUAACAAUAAACAGAUAAACACAACAUGAUGUAUACCCUACAGUUAGAAUUGAAACUGAUUACUGAACGUUAGUAAGUAGUAUAAUACAGUAUAUAAGAGAAUUGGAAAAGAAGGGAAUUUACAUAGAAUGCAAACGGACUUGACAGUAAUAGUUUGCUUAUUAUCCUGAUUAUUAUAAACUAAUAAGUGACAAAGUUCUGUUUUCUUCCCCACCUUUUUUUCUACCUAUCUUCCCUUCUUUAUGAUAGAAUUGAUUUAAGAAGUCAAUGAAAAGGAAGGAUUAUUCUCUUUCUGAUGGUAAAUCAUCCAUACAUAUGUCUUUCUUAACUGUAAAAAGAAUAUAAUUCAUACAUAAAAUGUAUAUUAUCCGUGUCACCCUGUCUCUAUGUUUGUAGUUUGUUUCAAUAAAUUGAUUUGAUACUAGAAAUU